UUUUGGACUUAAUUAAUUUUCCAAAUUAAGAAGCAAGAAUUUUCUUCCACAUCAUGUGUGUGGUUGAUAUUGCUAAAUGCCAAAUAAAUACCUCUCAAAAACAACACCUAAAUCACAAAUUAAACUCUCUCCAAAUCUUUAAACAUCUCAUAAAUAAUCCUACUCCUUCAUCACUAUCUUUUCCACCCUCUUUCCACACACAAGCAUGCUAAGUGCUCAAACAACCACCACCAGCACCGCCACUGCUACUGGAGAAACCGAUCAUUACCAUGACCAAGACCAUGAAAAUGAGCAUAUCCGCGAUAUCCACGCCCUAACCCCACCGCAACCGCCUCCUGUCCCUCGUAGCCACUGGGAAACUGGCAGCCACCGGUCACACUCCAUGUCCAUAGGUAGUGAAGGGGCUUCAAGUGAGAACUUCACCACCAUGAGCAGAGAAUUCAAUGCGCUGGUUCUUGCUGGUUCUGCUAUAGGAACCAGUAUGAACAACAACAAUAUCAGCUCUGAUCAUAAUAAUAGCGAGGAUGUUAAUGGAAACAACUUGUUGGCUAGGAUUGGAGAGGAUGAUGUGCCAGAAGAGACUAACCCUCUGGCUAUUGUGCCUGAUAGUAACCCGUUGGCCCCAGACCCGAGCUCAAGCUCAAGAGGGGUUGGGAACAAUCAGAUGGGUGGCGGAGGUGGUGGUGGUGGUGGUGGGGUGGAGGUGACAGUGCAGAGAGUGAAGAAAGAGGAGGUUGAGACAAAGAUAACUGCAUGGCAAAACGCCAAGAUUGCUAAGCUAAACAACAGGUUCAAGAGAGAAGAUGCUAUAAUUAAUGGGUGGGAGAGUGAACAAGUGCAGAAGUCUACUUCUUGGAUGAAGAAAGUUGAGAGGAAGCUAGAGGAGAAAAGAGCAAGAGCCCUUGAGAAGAUGCAGAAUGAGAUAGCAAAAGCACACAGAAAAGCUGAGGAAAGAAGGGCAUCAGCUGAAGCUAAAAGAGGAACAAAAGUUGCCAGAGUUCUUGAAAUAGCCAAUUUGAUGAGAGCUGUUGGGAGAGCUCCUGCCAAGCGGUCCUUCUUUUGAGCAGUCUUAUUGUACUCUAUAAACAUAUUCUCAACUAAAAACAGAAUUACAAAGAAAAGGAGUGGUGGACAAAAUAAUUGCCCCAACCUUUAGGGUUUCCUGUAUCUUUUGAACUUCGGGGUACCCGGGCAUUGAAGAGUUUGAACUUUGAAGUGUGUUUUUUGGUAAGUGCUUGUUGGUUGGAAGUGGUGGAACAAACAAUUUGCCUUGUAAAGUUAUACUGUUUCUUAUUGAUAGAAAUUAAGAUGCUAAAUGCCAAUUAAUACUUGUUUAAAGAUAA